CCGGCUCCUCCUCCUCGUCCUCGCAGUCAGCUCUCUCUGUAUUUAACCUGCGCUCCCUUCUGACACUGUGGUAUGUUUCGGACUUUCCACGCCUCUUCCAAACCACAGUGACAUAUCUGCGGGGCAUAUUUGUUGAGUCCAGACCGACUUGAGCUCCUCGUCUCUCCAGGACCACCAGAGGUAUCCACAGAACCGCUUUCUCUCUGAGGAUGGACCACGCUGCUGUGCUGCUGCUGGCUCUCGUGAGCGCCGGGACGCUUCUCCAAGGGUGGGCAACAGAAGGUGUGACUGCCUUGUAUGGAGAGAUCAUUGUUUUACCAUGCAACAAAGGAGCCCCGGCGCCAGAGGAUUUGAUGUUCGUCAAGUGGAAAUACGAGAACAAUGACGACACUGCGGGCGAUCUGUUGAUCAAACAGGCCCGCAAUGACCAAGCCACGGUUCAGGCCACUGACGAUUACGCCGAGAGGGUCAGCAUCGAUGACAAGUUCAGCCUGCUCAUCACCAAGGCCUCGCUCAAAGACCAAAAGACCUUCACCUGCAUGGUGGUGUCCGGCUCCAACCUCAUGGAGUACCCGGUCUCUGUCGCCGUUUACAAGAAACCGUCUUCAGUCCAGAUUAUGGACAAGACUGAAGUACUGCAGAAGGACAAGGCAACAACGGUGGGAACUUGUGUUGCGGCGGAUGCAAACCCUGCAGCUACGAUCACAUGGAAAAAGAAUGGAAAGCUGUUGGUAGCCGAUGGGAAAGCCGUUGUGAUCAACCCAAGCAUGAAGGUGGAUCCAGCCACAGGCCUGUCCACCACCUCGUCCACCCUCCAGUAUGCCGCUUCGAAGGAGGACGCUGUCUCAGUCUUCGCCUGUGUGUCUUCACAUAAGCUGAGCAGUCAGGAGACAGAGCUGGAGCCCUUUCCCAUUCACUAUCCAUCAGAGAAGGUGAGCCUCCAAACAAUGUCCAAGGGACCCAUUGUAGAAGGAGAUAACGUGACGCUGAAGUGUCACGCUGAUGGCAACCCUCCACCCAGCUCCUUUUACUUCCACAUCAAGGGCCAGAAAAUGCUGGUGGAAAAUUCGGACACCUACACUUUGGCCGCCAUCAGCAGAAAGGCCGGGGGUGAAUACAAAUGCUCUCUGGUUGACAACGAGAAAAUGGAGGCCUCCCAAAGUAUCGUCGUUAGCUACAUGGACCUGAGUCUGACUCCCACUGGAAAGAUUGUGAAGGCCGUAGGAGACACCUUGUCCGUGACGAUGGAGAAGAGCACCUCGGGUGAAGCUAAAGUUUCAUGGACAAAGAAUGGAAAGGCCCUGAAGGAGCCGCUGUUUAACAGGUUGACCUAUGCUGAUGCAGGACUCUACGUAUGUGAGCUUUCCAUGACUGGCCUCACGCGACAUCAGAGCUUUGAACUGGUUGUAGAAGGAAAGCCUGUGAUCACCAGUCUAACCAAACACCUCGCUGAUGAUGCCAAUUCCAAGGUUUUGACCUGCGAGGCUGAGGGAGUACCAGAACCCAACUUCCAAUGGAGCGUCAAUAGUACAGAUGAGGAGAGCUCCUACACCAACGGCAAGGCCACCCAUAAGAUCUCUGUGAUCCCCAAGGUGAACCUGACAGUCACCUGCAGCGUCAGCAACAAGCUGGGAGAAGAUAUCAUGACCAUCAAUGUUUCCUCCGUUUGUAAGGAGGAGAAGAAGGAAGAAGGCUCUCCGGAGGAGUCAGAGGACCAGGCUAAGCUCAUCGUGGGAGUGGUGGCAGGGCUCCUCAUAGCUGCUGGCUUGCUGGGACUCAUCUACUGGCUCUACAUGAAGAAUGCAAGACAAGGAAGCUGGAAAACUGGUGAGAAGGAGGUGGGAACAUCUGAGGAGAGCAAGAAACUGGAGGAGAAUAAUCACACUGUUUAAAGGCACUCAGGCUGCGCUACAUGGGAUGACAGUGGGGAAGAAGCAGCCAUGCAACAUCAAAAAUACAGACUCCCAGUUGGUUGCUGACACGCUCCAUCAGGCUCCACAGCAGCAGCAACACUCAGUGUAAUCUUCCACCAAGUCCUGCCCACUGCCUGCUGUCCCACCGCACUGUUACUGUUUCAUUGUGUUCCUGGUUCCUGCUCAAUGCUCCCUGUGAUCUUUUGUUCUGAGCUCUCAGGCUGUGUGGUGGUUUUUUUACCGCUUAGUUCUUCCUUUAGGAUUUUUUGUUUGCUUGUUCGUUCCUGAAUUUCUUCAAAGAAUGUAAAUCCCUUGUACACUUUUUGUAUAACAAAUUACGAUGUGUCUGCCCUCGCUGAGCAUGCCAAUGUUUCUUUUUAUUGUUUCUUUUUACGUUUUGUGCGCUGUGUGUGAAAAGCCUUUGUUUGGCUGUGCUCAGAGAAAACAACAGCUGACUGCUGUUUAACCUGCUGAAACAUCUCUUACCCUCCGAGCCCUGUCUGUCUAGUUCAUCUACACAAAGACUCCUACAUAUGUUGAUGUAAUAUGAAUGAUUUCUAUACAUAUGUGCAGUUUAUUUUAACUGUGACCAAAACAAAAUGGUAUCAAUCUUAAAUUUCAUUUGUGUAGCUGUAAAUAAGACACCUUCAAAUGAAGCAUUAUGACACACACAACCACUGAUUAGUUGUUUAUGUAACUUAUGUCAUUUCUGACCACCUUUUCUCCAUCUCAAGAGAGACCUUUUUGAAUUCCUUUAUGUUGCAAAUAGUUUUAUCUGAAAAGGCAAGACGUCCUCAGAGAGGUGAAACAAAAUGUACGAAAUGCAAACAUGUUUUUUGCUUUUUGCUUUCUUUUAAUAGUUUCAGCUGAUUUAGUUGAAUACACUACAUUGUUAUCUUCAUGUCUUCACCUCUAUAGUUCCUGUACCAUUUUUUUGUUCAUGCUUUAAUUUUUGAUGAGCUUUACUUAAUGCCAGGUCUGAAAUCUGUUGUUGUGUUUUUGAUGUAUUUAUAUUCUGUGUGCUCCCUCCCUGGAUGGCGAUGCUGCAGCAUCAAGUGUUGGAAAGGUUUGGGAGUUACAUGAACGUGAAUAAGGUUAUACAGUAUCUGUGCUUAUUCUCUGCUGUGUUAUUAUUAUUUUGUCAUUUUUAGCUCAGUGAUGUGAAGGAUAACUCAUACUGAAGACGGUGGUUAUGAUUGGCAGAUCAGAUGGUGGCUCUCUGUCAAUCAAUUAAUCAAUACAUCCCACAAUGCAACACCCCAAUGACCCGCCAAGGACAAAGGGUUAAGACAGUGGAAGAACAUCGGUUCAUUGGUAACAUUUAUAGCUCAGUUCACAUCAUGUAAACUUGCUGAAUACAUUCAUAAUGACUCAAGUUGUUCUGAUAAAUAACCAUUUUCCACCCUGAAUAUAUACUGUCACCAAUAGCCAGACUCAUAACAUAUUUGAGUCGUCAUCUGGCAGCAACUUCCUUGUAAUUUAAGGAUGGACACGUGGAACUGUUUGUAGACUGGAAGAAAAGUACCAAUUACAGUAUUUUAAGUUGACUUUGUCAUGAGCUUCAGAUGCAGAUAAUGUUGGCUGAUCAUAAAACACUAAACGUUAACUUGAAGGAACCACGCACCAGUUGAUCUUUUGUUUGUCUUGCCAAAGUGAAGCAAACGGAUGACAUUCCAUUCUCUUACUUUUUGUUUAACUGUAGAAGUUACCAAUGUAGAGCACCUCCCCACACAGCAUGACAGCGGCGGAAUCAUAUUGUGGGAUGGUUGCGAUCAACACUUUAAGCACCUAGUCCUCAUGCCUUUUGUUCCUUUUCAAAUAAACAGGUCAACAGUGAAACCAAAGAUGGUGAGAUGAGAAGGCCAUAGUAGUGUUGUAAAUACAGACUUCUGCUUUUCUACGUUGUUGACAAUAAAGUGUACAUUUUGAAAGAC